UGUCUCGUUGUGCCCUGCGAUUGGCUGGCAGCCAGUUCAGGGUGUACCCUGCCUUCUGCUUGAUGACAGCUGCGCUAGACUUCAGAACUCCUUCUCGUGAGGAUAAGUGCCUCGGAAAUUUCUCUUCUACAGGCAUAUUUCGUAAAUGACGCAAUAGAACAAGUGGCUCUCUCAUCUAUUAGAAUUGAUCAAAUCAGCAGCCAUUCAAGGACUGGUAGGCGGGAUCACUGAGUAAACACCCAAUUGGGUGUAAGUAGGUGACAUCACCAACUACAGGAAACAUGGCGUUGCGGGAGCUAUCGUCACUCGAGAAAUAUUUAGGACUGAAGAAGCCCAACAAGUACAGCACCCGAGGAGACAAAAAGUUCCCUGUGCUACAGAAUAAUAAUGGUCCUCCCCUAAUGGGCCUGGUUACCAUUGCCCGCCACCUGGUGAAAGAGGCCAAGUGUCCUGAGCUAUUGGGUCAAACAGCAAAGGACAGAGCAGUGGUGCAUCAGUGGCUCGAGUACAGAGUGAGCAAACUGGAUGGCGUGAGCAAGGACGGGAGCAGAAGUAUACUGAAAGACCUUAACCUCUACUUGCAAGACAAAGUUUGCUUGGCUGGCAACCACUUCACCUUAGCAGAUGUGCUAAUGUACAAUGGAAUUCACCCACUAAUAGUGGACUUGACUUUCCAGGAGAAGGAGCAGUACAUGAAUGUGACCCGAUGGUUCGACCACAUCCAGCAUCGCGCUGGCAUCCGACACCAUCUCCCCCCUGUAGUUGUACUGAAGAACAAUAUUUACACACAUAAACACCACUGAGGUGUGACCCUUACGCGCACCAAAAGUUUUAUUUCCUCCUACAAAAUAAUUUGGAAAGCGCAGUGGUCACAUCAUUGUUAGAAUUGCUGAUUUAGGUUUUCUUGCCACAAUAGAUGUUUUUUUUUUUUAACCAACAUAAAGACCAACAUAACAAUUGUUGAAAAUAGGUCCUAAAGCAUGUGAUUGCUUCCAAAUACAAACCUGGUCACCUCCCACUUGACUCAUAAUACUGUUUGUUGUAUCAUUGACUGUUGACAUCCUCUCACACAUUUUUACACGAUAGGAUGGUUGAAUCUGCAGAUAUAAAUAGUACAGCAGUAUAAGUGAUGUUGUUCCUUUGGAGGUUUUGUGUGUUUUUUGUAAAGGUAAACCAUCACAGUGGAUUCUAAUUUAAUAAAAAGGUGUUCUCAUUAACAAAUGGACAGUAAA